AUGCUGCGCUGCGGCGCCUGGCGCGCCGUGGGCCGCGGCUGCCCGCCGGCGGCCGCCGCGGCUGCGCGGCCGCGGGGGCGCCCCGGACUGCUGCGCGCCGCCGCUGCCCGUGCGACGCCGGCGCCCCCGUGCGGCGCGGCGGCGCGCUGGCGACCCUGGGCGGGGCAGGUGCGCGUCGUGAGCCAGGUCCCGGACCACGUCCCCACGGGCGGGACGCCGCCGGGGCCUCCGCCCGUGCACCCGUUCAUCUUGGAAGUGGGGCGGGGCUUCGGCCAGGUGGCAUUCUGCCCGGGCCUCCCGUCUGCCGCCCUCAUCUUCGCGGGCUUGUGCGUGGGAGACCCGAAGGUGGCGGUGCUCGCCGCCCUGGGGUGCACCUCCGCCACAGCCGCUGCCCGGCUCGUUAGCGCCGACGCCGCCGCCACCACCGCCGGCCUGUACGGCUACAACGGAGUGCUCCUGCUGCACGAGAGUUAG